GGAAUUCUGGGAAGUGUAGUUAUGUUUGGCUGUAGAGCGGGUCACGGGACUGAGCACUGCUUCUGCCACACCAGGACACGUUGGGGGGUUCUCGUGCUGUCACCCUGGGCUAAUGUCGAUUUGGAUCCGAGGUGCAGUGCGAUUGGUCCAGCAGAACCCUGUUUGUAAUAUACAGAGACGAGGCUUCUCUCAGAUUCAGCCGCUUAGGAUGAGAUUUGUUCAGUUCCAGAGUGCCGCCUCUGCAGGCCAGAGAAUUGGUGUGGAGCUGGAUGGGGAGAAGAUCAUUGACCUAAAUUCCUUUGAUUCUUCAUUACCUCCUACAAUGAGAGCGUUCUUAGAAGCUGGAGACACAGCCUUUCAGACAGCCAAGAGAGCUUUGAACUCCGGUCAACACAUUCUGAACCGCAAUGACCUUACUAUUUUGGCUCCGAUCACCAACCCAGACAAAGUGGUUUGUGUCGGGAUGAAUUAUGUGGACCACUGCCUGGAGCAGAAUGUUCCUGUUCCUAAAGAGCCCAUCAUCUUCAGCAAGUUCCCCAGCUCAAUCAUUGGCCCAUAUGACUCCAUUGUCCUUCCACCUGAAAGCAAGGAAGUGGAUUGGGAGGUUGAAUUGGCCUUUGUUAUUGGGAAAAGAGGGAAAAACAUUAAGGAGGAAGAUGCAAUGGAGUAUGUUGCUGGGUUCACUGUUGCUCAUGACGUCAGUGCCCGUGACUGGCAGAUGAAGAAGAAUGGCAAGCAGUGGCUGCUGGGUAAAACAUUUGACACAUUCUGUCCACUUGGGCCAGCAUUGGUUAGUAAAGACUCCAUUUCAGACCCUCAUGGACUUGGAAUUCGCUGUCGAGUCAAUGGGAACCUCGUCCAAGAUAGUAACACAAACCAGAUGGUCUUCAAGACACAAAGUCUCAUAGCCUGGGUCUCAAAAUUUGUCACUCUUUAUCCAGGAGAUGUAUUUCUAACUGGGACCCCCCCUGGAGUUGGUGUAUUCAGAAAGCCUCCAAUAUACCUAAAGGCAGGAGAUGUGGUUGAGUGUGAAAUUGAUGAACUGGGAGUGAUCAGAAACCCUGUGAUGUGAGGACUGGUACACCAAAUGUAGUGCGGAAGACUCAGGUUUAAUAAUAAUCCACGAUUCACGUUUUAUAAGCAGAACAGGAAUCUUCCUACUGCGACACGUGUCUGCAAGGCCACAAACUAAAGCUAACCUUUACAUUUCACUAAUCAGAUUCAAAUCAAAUAAUUAAGCAAAUUGCACACAUACUUUUAAACAAGACAAAAAUCAACUUAAAUAUGUUUUACAACUUUGUAAAUAAAAGCAAAGAAUUAGUAUUUUAAAGUA